AUGGACUCCGCAACUAUCUACGCGGCCUUGGUGACGUUACCGUUGGGACUACUGAUCUUGCGCACUGUGUACCAUUUGUACUUCCAUCCGCUGGCCAAAUUCCCCGGUCCAAAAAUUGCUGCUGCAACCUUUCUCUACGAGUUCUAUUACGAUGUGAUCAAAAGCGGCAUGUAUAUCUGGGAGGUUGAGCGCAUGCACGAGAAAUAUGGCCCAAUCGUGCGCAUCAAUCCACGAGAAAUCCAUAUCAAAGACCCAUCUUACUACGAUGAGAUCCAUGCCGGCGCUUCCCGGAAACGCUCCAAAGACCCUAAAUACGCUAUCUCGUUCGGCGCGCCCUGUUCGCUCGUGGGAACAAUAACACACGAUCACCACCGCUUUCGUCGCAGCCUGUUAAGCAACUACUUCUCCAAGCGCUCGGUUAUCAACCUGAACCCUUCUAUCCAAGAAAAAGUCGAUAAACUAGUCGCCCUGUUCGAGCAAGCCUACCGAGCGGGUGAUGUGCUGCAUCUGCAUCUAAGCUUCGCUGCGCUGACCGCAGAUGUCAUCACAGACUACUGCUACGGCUGGAGCUAUGGAUAUCUCGAUGGCGAAAAGGGAUCGCGAAAUAAUGACCUCGUCGACGCAGUCAAUGGACUGAUGGUAAUGUUCCACAUCAACCGAUUCUUCCCUUUCCUCCUUACCAUUUUUCGCAAUGUGCCACCUAGUUUGGUGCGCUGGCUACAGCCGGCGAUGGGUGAUUUGUUUGAUUUGAAAGUGCGGCUUAGACAGCAGGCCGGGGAUGCUUUGGAGAAACAGAGUCUGAGGAAGCUGGACUCGGAGACGAGGCCGAACAUUUUUGAUUCCUUGACUAGUUUGGAUUUGCCGGAGGAGGAGAGGACGCUGGACCGGUUGGAGGAUGAGUCUGCAUUGCUUCUUGGUGCUGGUACUGAGACGACGGCUAGAGCUAUUGCGAUGUCGAUGUUCUAUCUUAUCAGAGAAAAGGACAUUAUGGCGAAGUUGCGUGCGGAGUUGAAGACUGUGCUGCCGACGCCGCUGUCUAAGGCUGCGUGGGUGGAUUUGGAGAAGUUGCCUUAUUUGACGGGCGUCGUCAAUGAGGGUCUCCGUCUCAGUCAUGGGAUGACAGCACGGUUAGCCCGUGUCUCGCCGACCGAACCUAUGAUAUACCGCGAUUGGGUUAUCCCUGCAGGGACCCCCGUCAGUCAAUCGAACUAUUUUGUCCAUAUGGACCCCACACUAUUCCCCGAGCCGAAUAAAUUCGACCCUGAUCGUUGGAUCCGUGCCGCGGAGGAUGAUGAGCAUCUGGGACGAUAUAUUGUUGCCUUUACCAAGGGCAGCAGACAGUGUCUGGGGAUGAAUCUUGCGUAUGCGGAAAUCUAUCUCGCACUAGCGCAUAUUGCUCGUCGCAUUGACUUUGAGCUGUAUGAAACUACGAUUGAUGAUGUCUGUGUUUAUCGUGAACUGGGAAUUGGCUGUCCCGAGGUUGGUAUGUUUAGUGUUAGGGCUACGGUCAAGGGCCUAGUGGAGGAAUAA